CCCGGAUUUACGUAUCACGUCGGGCGGAAGUAAACAAUCCCCCAGCUGACGUGGAGGAGCGACGCGGAACUCUCCGGUUCGGUAGAAAGCUGCUGUUUUCAGUCGGUGUCCGGUUUUGUAGAAAGUUCUCCGGUCCGGUUCCGAUCCAGUAUCCCCCUGAAGAAAGAUGGCGGCGGAGGAGGAGGCCAGCCGGCCGUUCGCGGGGCUCUCCGACGUCUCCAUAUCGGAGGACAUCCCCGUGGAGGGGGACAUCUCGGUGCCCGUGGGCCCCUCUAGAACCGACGAGGAGUUCUCCACUUUGGACGAGCCGGUGAAGGAGACCAUCCUGCGGGAUCUGCGGGCGGUGGGCAACAAGUUCAUCCACGUGCUGUACCCGCGGCGCAGCUCGGCGCUGCUGCGGGACUGGGACCUGUGGGGCCCGCUGCUGCUCUGCGUCACGCUGGCCCUGCUGCUGCAGGACGGGACGGCCGACAGCGACCUGGAGGGAGGACCGCAGUUUGCGGAGGUCUUCGUCGUCGUCUGGUUCGGCUCCAUCAUCAUCACGCUGAACUCCAAGCUGCUGGGCGGGACGCUCUCCUUCUUCCAGAGCCUGUGCGUGCUGGGAUACUGCAUCCUGCCUCUGACCGUGGCCAUGGUGGUGUGCCGGGUCGUCCUGCUCGCCGCCCCCGGAACGGUCAGCUUCGUGGUGAGGCUGGUGGUUGUGACGGCGUCUUUCGGCUGGUCCACCUUUGCAUCCACGGCCUUCCUGUCCGACAGCCAGCCGGCCAACCGCCGGGCCCUGGUGGUCUACCCCGUCUUCCUCUUCUACUUUGUGAUCGGGUGGAUGGUCCUGACCUACUUUCCAGUGAAAAACAGGCAACCGUGAGCGAGGAGGAGAUUCUGAUGAGUGAGAGAACUCUAAAGAGGAACUGGAAUCUGUCCUGCUCCUGGCUGGAGCGAUGUGCGGCGCUGGAACGGCGCUCACUCACAAACGCCCUCUUUUAGGAGGUUUGGGUCGUCUCUGCAGCUGAAGAGAAGAAGCUCCUGAGUUUGUUUUCCUCUGUUAUGUUCCUUCUGCUCACAGAAGCACCUGAUGAAUGUCUUACCUGUUUGGGAUAAGAGCGUUUCCCCUUCUUCUCUUUGAAAUCUACAUUUUUCUAGUUUUCUGAUCUUUCAGCCAGACUCAAACUCUGAAUAAAUAUUUUUUUUUGUUGGUUGGGAGGGGGGAUAGUUUAAUUUUGUUGUUUGUAUUUAUGAAAUGAGCUGGAUGAUAGCUCGGGGUUCAUGAGAAGACGUUAUUGUACAGUGUGGUUCCUGUUUGUCUCAGGAGUCAGAACCAUCCUGAACGUUCUCAUUAAAAUGAACUGAUGGCAGCAGAGAAGCAGCUUCUUGUUCCAUCAUA